UUUCAAUUUUGACAUUUAACAUUCGACGACAUGGCUGACGAGGUCAUUGAAGAGUACAUGCAGCCUAGGGAACUCAGUGAUGAUGAGCUCUGGAUGGCGUGGGGCAAGUUUGACAAACUCCCAGCGGAUAUUCUGUAUGAUCUCGAUGACUACAGCACCCCUACUCAUUACAGCAGCAUGCGAAUUACUUAUGAUCUUAUGUCCCCCGGUGCAUCCGCCGACCUUCAUAGUCUCCGGUUGGCCAAGGCGUCGAUAUGGGAAACUGCCGAAAAGUUGAUGACACCAUUCGACGACCGAGGUAUGUCCUUCAGCAGGAGUUAUCAAAAUACCAAGUUUGGUAAUCUUCAAAAGCCACUGGCGAAGAGGCUAGAUGAGCUCGAAAAUUUGAAAGAAAAGGCAAACAAGAAGUAUCGCGAUGGUGAUUUUCAAGAAGCGCUUAAAGGGUAUACCACGGCCUGGAAGGAAGUUCUCCCACAUCACGUUGAAGCUCUACCAGAAUGCGACCCCAACCGGCCGAGGCUUGGAUAUCUCGAGGCUGUCGUCUUUGCAAACAUGUCCGCUACUUGCAUCACCCUCAGCAAGGCCAUUUCGAAGAAAGAUGGGGAAAGAAAGUUUACAAGGAUGGCUCUGAGGUGUGCUUGGGUGACUUUUGAGCUACGCGAGUUUGCAGCGGCGACCACGGUGCGAAAUGCUUUGCUUCGCGCAAAUGAAACUCUCAGAAAGCUCCACGGCUCAAAUCAGAAGCUGGCUCCGCAAUAUCAGCAGAUGUCACAGUACUAUACCCAGCAAUGCAAAGCUCUCGAAAAUAUAUCCAAGGAUACCCUUUUCAAAGAUCUCGAUGCAGAGCUCAAGAUUGCACCUCCGUCUCUCGCGGUUUUACAAACAUUCGGCCCUAGGGCUUGGGCGCAGGACUGGAUUCAAGCUUUACCCCCUAUCCUUCGUCCGCCUCCUGUUGAAACGAUGGAACAACGGAAGAAACCUCGAGACCUCACACCGUAUGAGCUUUGGGCGGGAUGGGGAGACCUUCCGAUCGGAGAAUGGCACAAGGGCCUUGAAAGCUUUGAGAUGGAUAUCCUACACCCCUACCUUCGUGUCAUGUAUGAACUCUCAAGUUCUGGAAGACGCAGGGAGCUCAACAAUCUUCGACUUGCCAAAUUCGACAUUCUCCGGACUAUCAUGUUGAGCACGAUAGGAGAUGUGGAGUUUGACCUUUUCAUGAAGAUGAUCAAGGGUAAGCCGGUGGAUGAACGGCCUUUGAAAGAAAAGGUGGCGAUCGCAGAGCUUAAGAAGGCGAAUGCGAAUAAGAUCUACCGACGAGGAGACAUUCUGGAAGCCGCCGCCGAGUACCUCUUUGCGUGGAGCAUGAUUCUCCCUUAUCACACAACCGCCCUCGCCCCUUCAGAUCCCAUCCGCGCCGAUCUCGGCAAGUUCGAAUCAGCACUAUGGUGUAAUCUUUCGGCAGCCUUCAUUGGAAUUGGAAAAGAGCCUGGAGAUGAAAUGGGCUCGGCUGGGUUCAGGGGUCUGGCGUAUAGAUGUGCGUGGGCAGCAUUUGAGGAGAGGGAAUAUGCCACUGUGAGCACGGUGAAGAAUGCUUGCCUUCGUGCAAAGGACAACUUUUACUUGUCUCGGCUUGGCGGCGGUAACGAUCUGGAAAAGCAAGUGACCGAUGUUCGAACAUUUUUUGUCAAGCAGGCUGAACUCUUGAGUGAUUUACCAAAGGACAUGAUGUACGCAGACGCGCCAGCGAGUAAGAAACUGCCGAUACCGGAUAGGGAGACAAUGAAGCAUUUUGGACCGAAUAUAUGGCCAAGGGAGCAAGAUAUGGAGGAGCUGCAUGAGCCGUUCACCUUUAUGUAGACAGAAAGGGGUGAGACGAAGAAUGAAGUGGUAUGAUGGAUAACCGGAGCA